AUGUCGGACGGCCUUGUCUCCAGCUUGAACCAGGUCGGCCAGACGUUGCGACGGAGUGGGCGUCUCCUAUCUGCAGCAGCAAGUAGUGUCCAAGUGCAAGAAACAUAUUCAGCAGAUGGACCUCUAGUUAGUCGCGUCUCCAAGCGCAAACGCGUCGAAACUCGCGGAGUUGUGGUUGAGGGAGAAGCAAUCACCGUGAAUGCAACGGCGUUUGACGAAGCCGCGGCAUUGGAACUCCCUUCUCCGAAGAAAAAGAGAUCAAAGAAGGCCAAAGCCUCUCCGCAAAACGAGGGGGAUGAAUUCGUCGAAGGCGCUGCGAAACCCAAGAGAAAGAGGGCCCCCAUACCUGAGCCAGUCUACGUAAUUCCAGACGUCGAGAAGAAGGAAACAACAUUCAAAGGACGGCUAGGCAUAACCUGCCGAUUAGAUUCUCUCAAGAAAAACGGUGCUGAGUGGUUGAAGGACUUCGGAAGAAAGAACGUCGGGGAUCUAAAGGCCAUUAUCCAGUGGAACGAAGACAAUAACAUCAGAUUCUUUCGCCUUUCUUCAGAGAUGUUCCCAUUCGCGUCACACGCAGACCAUGGCUACUCGCUUGAUUACUGCGCCGGCAUCCUGGCGGAAGCUGGGGCCUUGGCACGGAAAUACGGUCAUCGACUGACCGUCCACCCAGGCCAAUACAUACAGCUGGGAAGUCCGAAGCCUGAUGUUGUUGAAGCUGCUUGCCGCGACCUUGCGUACCAUUGCGAGAUGCUGGACCUAAUGGGCAUGGGUCCCGAUAGUGUCAUGAUUAUCCAUGGUGGGGGCGUCUACGACGAUAAAACGGCAACCUUGGAACGUCUGAAACAGUCCAUCCGCGACCUUCCUACAAAUGUGCGGAAUCGACUAGUUCUGGAGAAUGACGAGAUGUGUUACAACGCCGAAGAACUCCUAGAAGUUUGUGAAGAGCUAGACGUUCCUCUGGUCUUUGAUUAUCACCACGACGCCAUCUAUCCGUCUUCGAUCUCACCCCAGGAAAUCAUCAAACGUGCCAACACCAUUUUCGACCGCCGAGGUAUCAAGCCAAAGCAGCAUCUGAGUGAACCACGUCCUGGUGCUGUUACGAUGAUGGAACGGAGAGCCCACGCGGACAGAUGCGAGAAUCUUCCAGACGACCUACCAGAUGAUAUGGAUCUGAUGAUCGAGGCAAAGGACAAGGAACAAGCAGUAUUCCACCUCUACAGAAUGUACGGCCUACAGCCCGUCAUUCAUGCAAACCUACGCCCUCCUGCUGCCAAACAAUCGACACAGACGAACGGUCGGAAGUCAAAUAAACGAGCGCGUGCUAAAGCAGAGAAGGAAGGUGACGAAAAGCAGGAUGAAGAUGAGGAGCCGGCUUUGUCCAAUCGUCUUGAGGAAGAGGAAGAGUAG